AUGUGGAUAUUUGGAUAUGGUUCCUUGGUUUGGCGACCUGACUUCGCCUAUAUGAUGAGAUUAGAAGGCUAUGUGAAAGGUUAUAAACGAAGAUUUUUUCAAUUGUCAGAAGAUCAUCGUGGUGUACCAGGAAAGCCUGGUCGCGUCGUAAGUUUGAUACCAACAAAUUCUGAUAAUGAUGUUGUUUGGGGAGCGGCAUAUUUGAUUAAAGAUUCUGAUCAAAACACUGUUCGACAUAUACUCGAUGAACGAGAAAAAGACGGUUAUACAAUAAUUAAAACAAAAUUUUAUUUCUUAGACAAUCAAAUCACUGAUCAUAGUUUUAAUAGCCCAUUGGAUGUAGAAAGUUAUCUUGCACAUUCAGAUAAUCCUUUUUGGGCUGGUGAAACUGCAUCAAUGGAACAAAUAGCCACACAAAUUGCAUUUGCAGAAGGACCAAGUGGAAAAAAUUCUGAAUAUCUUUUUAAAUUAGCUGAUGCAAUGCGACGAAUGGCACUAGAUGAUUCUGCCGAUGAACAUUUAUUUACAUUAGAAAGACUUGUUCGACAAAUACUGAAGCAAUGA